AAAUUGCAUAAUUGACGAGCUACCUGAAUGCGUCACAUACGUUUAUAUUUGUUUAAUCUCUCUGCCCUGACUGUUUGUGCCGAGAUAAUUAACAUUCAGUUCCGCCUCUGUGCUCCAGGCUAAUACGCUACACUUAAUAGCGUCACUUUGCCUCAUUUUUGCCGUUUGUGUCCAGCGGAAGACACGCCCUCUGAGUUUAACCAGGAAGAUCUCCUCGUUCUGCUGGUUUUGUCAUAAAUAUGGCAUUUUCCGGAUACGGCGCUGGUCCCGGUGGUGCCCCGCAGCAGGAUCCUCUCUUUGGAUAUUUUUCAGCUAUAGCUGGACAGGAUGGACACAUCUCAGCAGAUGAGCUGCAGCGCUGCCUCACACAGGCUGGCAUCACUGGCUCAUACCAGCCCUUCAACCUGGAGACCUGCAGACUGAUGAUCAAUAUGCUGGAUAGAGACAUGUCCUGCACCAUGGGUUUUCAGGAGUUCAAGGAGCUGUGGCAGGUCCUGAACGGCUGGAGGGGCACUUUUGUGUCCUACGACCGGGACGGCAGUGGGACUAUAGAGGGCCAGGAGCUGGAGCACGCCAUCACCUCCAUGGGUUACCAUCUGAGCCCUCAGGCCAAGAACUGCAUCAUGAAGCGCUACAGCACCAACGGCAGGAUCCGCUUUGAUGACUUUGUGAGCUGCUGUGUACGACUCCGUGCUCUGACUGAUCAGUUCCGAAGGAGAGACACAACCCAAACUGGCAAUGCCUCAUUUCACUAUGAUGAUUUCAUCCAGGUCACCAUGAGCAUAUGAAGAAGACAAGGCUACACUGAAAGGACACAGUCCUUUGAAGCUCUUCUUAUUAAUGACAUGACAUUUCUGUAUGUCUUUUCAUAGUACAUGUUUUUGUUAAACUUCAGUGCCAUCACAUUUCAUUGUAACAUGAAGUACUGCAUAUUUUACUCUCAUGGGGGUUUGGUAGCCUCAGGCUGUACCUGUGACAAAUAGAGCACCUGUAUGAUGGAGCAUAGGAAUAUCACUCUACAUUUAUAGCUUUUACUGCACGAGUAACCACAUUAACCCAAAGUGUUGAGCAGCACGAGUGUGAACGUAUGAAAUGAAUAAACACCACUGUCAUGUAAUA